UCGGUAAAAUACCCUGAAGAGGGACGUCGAGGAUGUUCAGUUCCCUGAGACUGACCACCAUGCGUUCGCACAAGAAUCGUGCCAGACCUGGAAGCGUAGCUACGUCAGCUAGUUCCGACUCGGCCAGAGCAGACGACAUUACAACUCAGUCUUACCAUCCGCAUAGUUUCUUGUUGCUCGAUGAUCAGGAUAGCCCUGUGUCGACUCCGUCCAGCGUGUCCUCGAAGGUUGCCCAGGUUAGAGUGGAACGCGAGGGGGGCAGUCUAGGAGUGACCCUCAGGGGAGGCGUUUCGAGAGCCCUGGUCGUCACCGGAGUGAAAGCUGACGGACCUGCGGCGAAAGAGGGAAGAGUCAGGCCUGGAGACAGGUUACUAGCUGUGGAUGAUACUGAGUUGAGAGGGCUGACCUUGGCAGAGGCCCAGAGGGCACUCAGGAGGAGCUCGGACGCUCCGGUUGCUUCCUUGACCAUAGAGUACGACGUUGCUAACAUGGAGGAGGCGAGGGCUGCCACCUCUGGUCCGCUUUUGGUGCAGCUUGAACGAGGCCUCUCAGGUGAGUUAGGUUUGACAGUCAGGGAGACAGCAACCGGGGUGUACAUUGAGAGCCUCCGACCAGCCAGCACAGCAGACCGUUGUGGAGCUCUGCAGCCAGGAGACAAGCUGCUAGCAGUGGACGAGACACCUGUCCAGGACGCUGUGACUGCAGCCAAAUUGCUCAGGAACAACUUUGACAAUUCUCGUAUAGCCAGGCUGCAGAUCCUACCAAGGCCCCCCAGCACUUCUCAGAGGACGGUGAAGAGGAGGGCACAACCUCAGGCACAGCAGAGCUCCAGUCAAACCCUGCAGACCAAGGAGAGCUUGACCAUAGUACUGAGACCUGAUCACAAAGGGUUCGGUCUGGCUCUGAAGCCUGCAGAGGAUCGCUUGAACUAUGUGGUCAGUUUGCUGGAGGCUGGUGGUCCUGCAGAGCGUAGUGGAGUCAUUUUGCCUGGUGAUAAGGUGCUCGCUGUAAACCGUAGAAUGCUGAGGGACCUGCAGCCAGCAGAGGUCACUAGCAUCUUAGAAACUUCCCAAGUGAUUGAACUGGUAACAGAGUACAAGGUCGGUGGACCAGUUGUGCCCAGUUCAGGAGUGUUUACUGUGAGAGUGGCAAGACCUGUAGGUGGUCAGCCAGACGUUGGCCUAACCGUGAACGAGGAUUUGAUUAUCACCGAGGUUAGGAAAGGGUCGUUGGCUUACAGGACUGGCAGCCUCGCGCCUAGGGACAGACUGUUAGCAAUAGACGGGCAAAAACUGGAUCCCGGCGACCUCAGGCAAGCGGCGCAGCUGUUGCAUCGACCUGGCAGCUCGGUCGUUGCUUUGACUGUCAGGAAACCGGAUCCUACCUCGGAAACUAGAGAAUAUUGCAGGGACUCUAGCAUAGGAAGCGACACAGUGCAACAGUACCCUCCAGGAAUUCUACGUCCAGCAAGGGAGAGUUUGCCAAGCGUAGACAGCGCAGUGGACUCUUGGGGUGAAUUAGGAGAUAACAGUGGAACGGGCCCAGAAAUUCUGAGACUUUGGGACACGGCUUCUGUGGAUAGCGGUCAACUGGAUCUACCCAUGCCUCCUUUUCCUGGGCCACAAGAGUGCAGUAAUUCGGAUAGACCUCAGCAGAUCGUCCACGUGUCGCUGCACAAGGAUCCAGUCUACGAGGACUUUGGGUUCUCGGUGUCGGAUGGAUUAUACGAGCGUGGGGUAUACAUAAACCGUCUACGACCAGGAGGUCCAUGCGACGGUAUACUAAGACCAUACGACAGGAUCCUUCGGGUGAACGAUGCCAGCACAGAGGACUGCGAUUGCUGUUUGGCCGUUCCCCUGAUCGCUGCUGCUGGUCCACGCUUAGACCUGACGGUAGCUAGACCAAUGUCCCCUCCGAACAUCAUAAAAACUCUGUAGGGAGAGGUGAUGAAAAAUGACAGAGAAUAUAUUGGUGUCGAGUCGACCGGUGAACAUAUCUGGUAUAUUUUUGUACACACCUGUAUUUUAUUUAUAAAAAUAAAUGUAUAGAUUGCUUUUAGCUAAAA